UCUCCUGCUACCGUUGUCUCCACUGUCCCACCACUUCAGAGAGAUACAGAGAGAGAGAGAGAGAGAGAGGGAGAGAAGGCGAGUUGUACAAAGAAAUAAACGGGCAGACCAAAACGAGUUGUGCAACAAUGGGAGCAAUGGCUCCGCCUCCUACUUGGAAUCCUCAAGACGACGUUUUGCUCAAAAACUCCGUUGAGGCCGGUGCUUCUUUGGAAUCCCUAGCUAAAGGUGCUGUGCAAUUUACUCGGCAUUAUACUGUACAAGAGCUGAAAGAUCGAUGGCUUUCUCUUCUCUAUGAUCCCGUUGUUUCUGUAGAGGCAUCAGCCCACAUGAUUGAGGUUGAAAGCUAUGGGGUUAUAAAUCAAUUGAGACCUAAUAAGUUCGAAGGAGUAAAAAAUAUCAGUUCAGGGAAGAGAAAAGCUGAAAGUAUCCGGAAACAUUAUUAUGCUAUGCGUAAAAGAAUCUCUGUUGAACCAUCGGAUAUGGUGUGGAUUAAUGUUGCUUCUGAGCCUGGUUAUUCUAACUUUAGAGAAGGAAAUGAAUUAUUGUCCAAAGAUGGCAAAUUUGGCAAUCCAGGUUCAAAUAUUCUGGCAGCUCAAGGCCCAGAUUACAGCAUUAGGCCUCAUCCAUUUGCCAAAUUUGGGCCGCAUGCUGCUGAGUCCAGUAGAAAUGAUCUUACACCCUCUUUUGGUGGUAUUCAAAAUCAUGGGCAAGACAAUCUUCAUGGAAAAAAUUUGUCAGGCAACCUCCCUUAUCCAUAUGAAGAGAAUAUCUCAAUAACUGGUGAUUGCAGUAAGAUCCCUGAAUUUGCCCAAUCAAGUGAUUUGCCUCUCUGUAACUUGUUUGAAGCUGAGGAUUUAGUGAACCAGGCUAGUGCGUGUCCAGAUUUUGGUGACCAGUCAUUUCCUAGUUUUGGGUGUUCACCUCCUCUACCUCACAUGCCAAUUUGGCAAAUUUCCCAGGACAUUACUGCAGCAGAACUUAACAUUGAAAUUCCAGAUGCAGACCUGCAGCUAAGAGAUGAAUUUAUGAUCCCCCAGAUUGCAAAUGAGUCAGAGGCUUUAGGAUAUGGUGGUGGCCCCUCAAACCUUAAACUGAAAACUUCACUCUCUUGUGAUAGCUUGAUAGAUAUGACCUCUAACACACAAGAAUACCUUCAGGAGUUGUUCGACCUUUCUAAUGACGAAGAGCAUCUCUACAUGGAUAAUGAUGGAAAAGAGGUUAUAGAGAAGUCUUAUCUUGAUGGUUUGAGUUCACUAUUAUUGGAUUCUCCCAACCAGUGCGAUUUGUCUGGUUCAGGUCUAGGUGAGGCUGCAGUGGUUGCAGAUGGACAAUUAGUUGAUAGAAUUGAUGCACAUAAUGAAGCCGCAUAUAACGAGGACCUCUAUAAUCAGCUGGAAGUUACAGAUGCUCAAGUGUCAGCCUCUGAUUCUACUCUGAAAGUAGGUCCUGAAUAUCGCAAUGGAGUCAUUUGUUGCACAUUAAAUACCGAAGACCCAGAUAUUCCUAGCAAUGAUGAUGUUUUUCUUCCCUUUCGGUUUCCUUCUCCAACUAAUUCCUCAGGGGCCCACUGGGGAUUGCAUAACCCUAGUUAUCUAGGGUCUCCAUCAGUUAAGAAUAUCUCAAGCACUCGAAUUGCAAAUGGAGGACAACCUGCUAUGAAAAGCCCCCAGAAAGAUUCAUAUGUUCCUUCUGGAAGGAUGGGAUCAUUCCAUCCGUCAGAUGAUGGUUUAAGAGGCCGAAGUGACCAUGGAGUUAAAUUCGAGUUGCCUGAAAGUAGCGUCCAGCAUGCAGUACUUAGAGAAACUCGGAAAAGUGACAAUCCGAAUCAUGUUAGUAGCGUCCAGCAUGCAGCACUUAGAGAAACUCGGAAAAGUGACAAUCCGAAUCAUGUCAGUGUUGCAAAUGUGAAUGCCAACAAUUUAAUCACUGGAGUCAAGGGAGGUCCUACAGAGAUGGGACAGGGAAAGAAUAAUGGCCGUGUAUCUCUAGGCUCAUGCCUAAUCAAGCAAGAAAGUGGUUUGGAUGUUCAUCAAAACCUUCAAAAUAAUUCUAUUGGUGGUCGGAGUGGAGUGGAUUGCAUAGCUGAAAUUCCAACUAAUAUAUCAUCAAAUGUCGACUUCAGUUUCCAGCACACUGCAGUCCCAAAGGCAAUUAGUCAUUCCCUACUCUCAGAUAAGGAGGAGCUCUUGUCCGAGAAUGAAUCUGACGUGCCUUAUUUUUCUGAUGUAGAAGCAAUGAUUCUAGAUAUGGAUUUGAGUCCAAAUGGAUUUGAUUUAUCCACCAAUCCUGAAGUUCAGAGAUAUCAACAUGAAGAAACCAAGAGAACAAUCAUAAGGCUGGAGCAGGCAGCUGAUGCUUCCAGGCAGAGAGCCAUUGCUGGUCAGGGUACAUAUGCUGUUUUAUAUGGGCGUUUCUCAACUUAUUUCAUAAAGAAAACUGAGGUGUUACUGGGCAGGGCAACAGAUGGUGUUAAAGUUGACAUUGAUUUGGGAAGAGAAAAAAAUGGUGGUAAAAUUUCUCGAAGACAGGCGAUGUUGAAGAUGGACAUGAAAGGAAUCUUCCAUUUGAAGAACCUCGGAAGAAAUCCAGUUUACAUGAAUGGCAAAGAAGUAGCCCCUGGACAGAGCGUAGCACUUAUUUCUGGCUGUCUCGUUGAGGUAAGGGGAUUGAGCUUUGAGUUCAAGACAAGCCAUAAAAUGAUAAAGCAAUACAUCGAUAGCGCUGUGAGAGGAGGGGUUUAGCAGAUUAUAAACCAUUGUUUUCUUGGUACCGAGAUUUUUCUUGCAUCUGUCUACUCAUUAUUCAAGACCACAUUUUUUGAACCUGGGUGACCACAAAUUUUUAGUUUGUUCAUAUGCUGUAGAAAAACUAAUUUCACAGGAACUAGAUAAGUAGAUAUGAAAUUUUAUCCCUGAUGCUUGUGCAUGCUUUGUGCUGAUUGUAGAGAUAUUAGGGGAUCUUGAAGCAUUUUGUUAUUCUAACAAAUUCUUUGUAUAUUUAUUUUAUCUUACAAGAACCGUGUACGAGAAAUGAUCUCGAGAAUUUCAAAGAGCA